UCGUCUAGCAACAUUGAUACCGGGAUUUCGAUUUCGCGGAAAAAGGAAUGAAUUAAAAGGUCCGGUUUCUGUCAACUGUUCUUAUCCUUUGGGAACGAGCAGAGUGAAGGGUAACGUAGGUCUACGAAGGCGCUACAAACCUCGAGAAGCUAAAUGGAUCCUAAAGACUAUGUUGUCAUACCAGACGAUUUCGCAGGGUACAGCUUAAACCACUUCUGCAUCCCGCCACACUACAAGGAUUCAUUAGAGUCUGUCUUUCUACCAAGUGGACUCAUACUCAACCGGGUGGAACGACUCGCGCAGGACAUCGUCACACACUACAGCGACAAGCCAUUCCAAGCCCUGUGCGUCCUCAAAGGAGGCUACCGUUUUUUCGCGGACCUGCUCGAUAGGAUACAGCAGUACAACCACUUUGGAUGCCGCUCUGUUCCCUUUUCUACGGACUUCAUUCGUAUGAAGAGCUAUGUCGAUGACACUUCAACUGGUGAAGUCCAAGUGAUAGGCUUAGACAGCAUGAACGAUUUAAAUGGCAAGAACCUGCUCAUUGUCGAAGACAUCAUUGAUACUGGGAGGACGAUGAAAGCGCUACUGCAUUUAUUGAAAAAAUUCAACCCUAAUGAGAUCAAAGUCGCCAGCCUCUUUAUCAAGAGGACGACCAGAAGUCAGGGCUUUAUUGCUGAUUAUGUGGGGUUUGAGAUCCCCGAUAAAUUUGUUGUGGGCUAUGCGCUGGACUACAAUGAGUAUUUCCGUGACCUGAGUCAUGUGUGUGUCAUGAGUCAAGAAGCAAAAAAAAAGUACUCCAAGAAAUCAGCAACAGUUCUUUGAUCUUUUGGCACAUAAGCCUUCUUCAUGCAUUUCCAUCGACUUCUGUAAAAAAUCAGUUGCUAUAGCCCCUUAUCAGUUUAUUCAUACUAUGUACGAACAAGAAAUGGUAGUAUUCUAUAUAGAUGCCUGGUUCCAGCAAAGUAAAGGAGAUAUAUGAAUUUCACUUGACAUAUCAAUUAUUCAACCUGGUCAGUACUUAACUUAUUGUUGUGUAACUUAUAUAGUAUGCUUGGAGUUCCCCUAUAGGUAUCUUAGAAGAUGUCCAUGUUCAUUGUAUUAUUGAAUUACAAGAAUACCACUUCCAACGAAGCACAUAUCUGUUGCCAAUUCAUGCAAAGUUCCGAAAAGGAUGGAGCAAAUGAGUCCACCAUUGGUGCCUUUCCCCAACUGCCAGAUUUGUUUUAGUGAAGUUUCUUUUUCCUGAGACACUCUUAUGUUGGUUGUGACUCUGCCACAAGCAUUUUGACAUUGGUUUGUGGAAUAAAAACAGGCAAAAAUGG